CAAACCUAACUCUGUCUGAUAGAUGAUAACAUAAAAAGAAAUCUUUCAUGUUAUUAUAAUGGAAUUAUCAAAUUUGAAUAGUCUUAUUGCUGAAGAAGAGGAGAACGCCCAAAAACUUGUUUUAAAAAACUACAUUCCGACAUUGAUUAUAAUCAGUUGCUUUCUUGUAUUCAUCAGUAUCUUUGGAUUGAUCGGUAAUUGGUUAGUAGUGCAUACAAUAGGUCGGCAUAUAUUUAAAAGCUUCUUCAAGUUUCUAGAAAGUUGUCUACGUAUUGUUUGUCAUUGUUCAAGAUGUACAAAGCCAUCAGAAAGCCUUAACCCUAACCAACAGCGCUCUCAGUGCCAGCAGGAUGUAUGCCAACAACAAUCUAAUCAUUAUCUUCACGUACGUUUGUCUAGAGCCUCCAGUUUUGCACCAAUUAGUCAAUCUUCUAAUUCUGUUAGUAAUAAUGAACUCAAAAAUCAAGGCGGGAGUUUGAUAAGUAUCAACAAUAUUUCAGCAUUAAAUAUUCAACAGGUGACAGAAACAGGAAAUGAUUAUACUAAAGAUAGAAAAAUUGCAAAACAGUUUACAUUUUCUAGACGUUCUGUCAUGCACACAGAUUUGAACUCUGACCUUCUGAUCGUUCUUCUUGCAAUCAAUGAUUUGGUUAUCUGUGUGGUCGAUAUACCAACAACAAUCUUUCUGAUAGUAUGGGAAAUUAGAACAUAUGAUAUUAUUUGUAGAUUACAUGUGAUUUUAAAAUCAUUUACUCUAACUGUUUCUGCAUUGUUUUUGGUUAUAAUUGCUUUGGACCGUUGGUUACUCGUUUGCUUUAUACCAUGUGUAAUAAUGACGAAAAGAUGUAUGAAGAGAUUAAUCGUUGGAACAUAUAUUUUGGGAUUAUUAUGGGCAAUACCAAUGGGAUUACAUCAAGGUGUACAUACCUAUUUUAAAAUAAGUACAGUUGACAAACUUGUAUCUAGUGAUUCAGACACUAUUAUCAUGUUUCAUAAGCAAAAUGAUGUAUUGAAUAUUAACCGAUCAGAAUUAAAUGAAAAUAGUUCUGACAGCUUAUUGAUAUCAUCAGAGAGACCAUUGUUAUCUUAUUUUGCAUCACAAUUUAUCGAUCUAAUAACAUCAUUUACAAAUUACGGUUAUUGUAAAUCUGAUGAACGUUUCAUUUCAAAAAAAGAUUAUGAAAUUUACCAGUUGUCUAUUUUGAUUUUAUUCAGUUUUAUUUUCACUUGCAUAUGCAUUUUUUACGGUUACUUAUUUCUAUUCAUCAUGAUACAUCAAUAUCGAUGGAGAACAAAAUUCGGACCUAAAAUAAAUGUAGUUGAACCAAUGAGUACUCCUCAGACUGUUUUAAAACAUGAUGUUGUGAUCAAACAACCAGCGGAUAAAUUAUACUCUAAUGGUUUUCGUAAUUAUAAUAGACAAAGAUUUUUAAGUGUACAAAUAAAUCGAAUCAGUUCAAAUGAUAAUCAACAGCCAAAUAGACUCACACUUAGUUAUAGUGAUUCAACAAUACAAAUGAAUUUGAAAUCCAUAAAUCAUCAUCAGCUAAAAACCAAACAGAAUCAAAAUGAAAUUCACCAGUAUAAAGAAACUAUUUUACAUGAAAACAAUAAUAACAAUAAUAAUGAUCAGCAAAGUAAAUCUAACAAAAAGAAUUUAUUUAAUUUAUACAAGAAAUCCAAUCGCUCUAAAUUACCAAAUAAUCGACAUAUACGAAGUGCAAUCACAUUUAUUUUAAUUACAGUGAGUUUUCUUACUUCAUAUUUGCCAAGUUUAUUAAUUGCUAAUAGAUUUAUUUGGCCAGUAAGUUGGGAAUUGUCAACAACAACAACAACAAACGAAUUCUCUUCUUCAGAUAAUUACAAUUUAAUAAAUAUAACCAAUACAUUUUUAUCUAAUAAAAUUCUAGAAAAUAGUUCAACAACGAUUACUAAAGUUCAUUCAAACGACAAUAUUUAUUACAGUCAACAACUCAUUAAUCUAACAGAUAACAAUAUUCAACAUAUGCAUAGACCAUAUGAAACAUCAAAAAUUAAAAUUAAAUAUCAUUUAAGACGAUUAUUUCAUUUUCUAUAUUUUAUUAAUUCUGCUGCAAAUCCUUUGAUUUAUUUCUUUUUCAAUUUGAAAUUUCGUCUACAAUUGAAACAUUUAAUACAUUGUUUCAGUACAUGUUUUAUUGAUUACAAUUAUUGA